AUGCCCGGAGAAGAUUUGAGCGACGAGCAAAAACAGCAGCUAGUGAAUUUCGACAGUAUAGAUACCAAAGACUUGCUAGACAACUCGGAGAGCCAGAAGUACAUCCCGCUGUGUCACAUAUUCAACGCCGUAGAGGAACUUGCAGGGUCAAAAUUCCGGUGGAAAGUCGUGGCCAAUCAUGGCGAGAGCGCCGAAGUCGACCACAAACCUGACCUUGCACGGUACCCCAUCGACAUACUCGCCGCCGAACAUGCAUACACGCGCGACGUAAUUAAGGAUGACAAAAAUAUUGCCCGAUGCGCUUGGGCUUGGAUGAACAGCUAUGUCGAAGUGAAGAACGCAGAAGUCAAGUCGCCAUUCUUCUUCGCGCACAACAUAGACAAGGACGGCAGGCAGAAAUUCCUUCGCCACAGCGACAUCGGCAGGAAGGCACGAGGCCAGUUCAUCAAGUAUGCCACCGAAGCUAUGCUCCGUCAACAUCGCACGCACUACUACUCAUUCUACUUGUCGGAGAUGUCUGCUCGUGUCUUCCGCUGGGAUCGCGUCGGGUGCAUCGCAUCGGAGCCAAUCGACCUUAGAGAGAAUCCUGAGGACUUUCUCGACAUCCUAUACCGUUUAGCCACGUCUCCGGAU